UGUCGCGGAAGUUUGCGCCGGUAACUUCAAAAUAAUCCUUCAAAUUACGCAUCCUGUAAAGUUAUCAAAGGAAAGUCGCUCAUCCCAUGUCAUUUGAUGGGCCUGGAAGACAUUGGGAAGAUGAAUAUUUGGAAAUCCUUGAGAAUUUACAACGAAAAGAAGGUCCAUCGCACAGAAGCUGAAGUGAAGGAGGAAGAAGUGGAACGUUUUACAAACCUGUAUGAACAUAGGAAAGGCGAAAUCACAUCAAAUAAAUCUUAUAAACUGAUACCAAAGUUUUUCUUCAAGCUUCCAUCAGAAGAUGAACUUCUCCUUCAGAAGUUAAGGGAAGAAUCAAGAGCCGUGUUCUUGCAAAGAAGAAGUAAAGAAUUAUUAGACAAUGAAGAACUACAGGGCUUGUGGUUCUUGUUGGACAAACAUCACACUCCUCCACUGGUUGGAGAGGAUCAGAUGAUAAACUAUGAGGAUUUCCUCAAAGUUGGGGCUCAGGCUGGAACAAAAUGCCAGCCAUUUUUCACUGCCACAGUCUUUGCCAAGCUACUCCAGACAGAUCCAUAUGGGCGAAUCUCAAUCAUGCAAUUCUUCAACUAUGUUAUGAGAAAGGUUUGGCUGCACCAGACGCGGAUUGGUCUCUCCUUGUAUGAUGUAGCCGGUCAGGGAUUCCUAAAAGAAUCAGAUCUUGAGAAUUACAUCUUGGAGCUGAUUCCCACACUGCCACAGUUAGAUUGUCUGGAGAAGUCGUUCUAUUCAUUUUACGUUUGUACAGCUGUCCGCAAGUUCUUCUUCUUCCUUGACCCACUCAGGACGGGUCGGAUCAAGAUACAGGAUAUCUUGGCAUGUAGUUUCUUGGAUGAUCUCCUCGAGCUACGAGAUGAAGAGUUACCAAAAGAAGCUCAGGAAUCGAACUGGUUCUCUGCACCGUCUGCUCUGCGGGUGUAUGGCCAGUACCUCAAUCUGGAUAAGGAUCACAAUGGCAUGCUCAGUAAAGAAGAGUUAGCUAGUUACUCCGUGCCGAACGUCCCCGGAAAGUCAGAAUAUGGAACUGGGACCUUAACACCUGUGUUCUUGGAUCGCGUAUUUCAGGAAUGCCUUACUUACGAUGGAGAAAUGGAUUACAAGACCUACUUAGACUUCGUGUUAGCCCUUGAGAACAGGAAAGAACCUCAGGCACUCCAGUAUUUAUACAGAAUCCUCGAUGUCCAGAACAGAGGCCAUCUCAACAUAUUUGCCCUCAACUACUUCUUCAGAGCAAUUCAAGACCAGAUGAAGGUACAUGGCCAGGAACCGGUGUCGUUCGAGGAUGUCAAGGAUGAGAUAUUUGACAUGAUAAAGCCAGCCGACCCACUGAAAAUUACUCUACAGGAUCUCAUAAAUAGUGGUCAAGGUGAUACCGUGGUGAGCAUUCUAAUUGAUCUGAAUGGAUUCUGGACCUACGAGAAUCGAGAAGUCCUUGUCGCAGAAACAAGUGAGGAGGCCGAAGUGUGAUCAAGUGCGAUUCACCCUAACCAUAACUAGGUCAUGUCUAUUUUGAUGCAGAGCCAAGAGUUGUUUUAUCUUGUAUUCUUCUUGUAAUUGCCAUUACCUGCAGCAAUUUGGAGAAAAUCCUGCUGAAUUGCAGAAGUGAAUAGCGAAAUUUCAGCCCUCCCUGUGCAUCAGAGCAGGGCCAUAUGAAGAUGCUCAGGGUCCAAAUGGUAGACUAAGUUAUGGUUGUGGUGAGAAGAACAAUGCUAGUCUCAAUACAAUUCAGCAGUUCAGCUGUCAGUAUUUCAAUCCAAUGUGUUCUUCAGCAGAGAUUCACUAAAACAGGUCAAGGAGCAUCUGUCAGUUGAUAGCACUACCUAACCGUAUCAUUGCUUGUAGUGCUACCUUCUCAAGACAGUUAGUCGAUAUCACCCAUGCAGAUUUUCUGGACGACUCGGACAAAAUUGCCACCCUCUCCCCGACCAGAAAGAUUUACCAAUGAGUCUGUUGAAUGUUUCAUUACAUGAUUGUACCGUAUGUUCUCGAGUCCAAGUCAUACCAACCCUAAACUUGUAUUGCCUGAUGAUUGUUCAAUCAUUGUCUCAUCUCACAUCAUUUCAUCAAAUACAUCUCUAAUAUCACUGCCUGAUAAUGUGGAUGCCUUGAACUCAGCUCAUUUGUGUUCACUGUAAGAUGUUGCAAUAGUAGCUACAGUACCAAUUUGUUGCAAACCAGACCCUUGCCGGGGGGGGGGGGGACAGUAGUCAGAGGAUAAGUUAGUCUGCUACAAUUGUGAAAUUGCGUUCAAUAGGUUUUCUUGUCUUGCAUAUCAAUUCUCAGUUCUAUUCUGCCGGAUACAAUACCUUGUGUUAAUCUUGCUAACAAGAAGUUUUCUCUUGUGAGCUGACUAAUGAAGCAACCAGCCUUCUAUACUUCCCUGGGGUCUGAAUCAGCAGCGAGUUUGGCAGCAGCUGGAACAAAGUUUCUAGAUUUUUGUAUCCGUUUGUGAAUACCAUAGCAGAACAUGAUGCACAUGCAUUACCUGUUCGAGUUGUGCCGACCACGUUGCUGAAGUCUUCACAGGAGUAUCGCUGUGGCUGUUGGUGUGUGGUGGAGGUGAAUACACUUCUUUUUUCUUACUCUAACUGUGUUUUAUGUGAAUUAUGAUAAACUUGUAUAUAAUUGGAACAUUAAUAAAUCAG